AUGCAGCUCCGGAGGUACAUGCGUUGCCUACAACCAAUGCCAAGCUGUUAUCGAUGGCAAAUCUCAAACCUUUACCGAUUUAUCCUGCAGAAAUUUUGGCAAAAAAACGAAUAG